AUGUGGGCACUUGGAAUUCGUUUUAUGGCCUUCACAGACGUUUCAGUGGAACCUUUGCUUGGAACUUCUUACUCGAGGUUGACGGCACAGGCCCUGGAACAAUAUGCUACGGCACAGAUAGAUCGAAUCAGGAGAAGUACAACUGUUUACAAAGAAGCUUGGACGAUCUCCCAACACCGACUGGGUGGACAUUUUGGCAGCGCAGAUAAGAUCCGCAGAUCAUGCGCGAAGAAAUCUUCGACCCCGUCAUCGCAAUCUCCAAAUUCUCUCCCAAGCCCAAGUCAUCAAACACGCCAACGACACUUCCUACGGCCUAGCAGCAGCCUGCCACACCAAGGACUACGAGCGAGCUAUCCGAGUGACAAAUGCGCUCGGAGCAGACACAACCUGGGUGAACAUGUAUAA